AUGGUAGCCAAGUGGCGAUAUUAUUUUUGGCACUGCAUUGUUGACCGGCAGAUGGGAGUAAACAAAAUAUACUUCCAAAAACAAACGAAGUCAUCGGCAGGCCUUGAGUGGCUUUUUGGCAAGGGAUUGAUUCCUCGGUACCCGUGUUUGCGGCUUAACUUCCCGUCAUUUGCUGGACUUAGGAAAUUAGAUGCCGCGUCGUGGGCCUAUGUGAAGUUCCUGGCUUGGUCCGGCGGGGGCGGGCAUUUGGCCAACUCCACCAGAAUGCAGGUACCAAAGGAUAAUGAUGCUGGUUCACAUGGAACAUCGAUCGAUUCGAUGGCUGGCUGGCAGGCAGGCAAUGUCGUGAUUGCGAAAGUGGUGUGCAGAAGAAGCUCACUGCAUCUAAAGAUGGCAUUGGGGGUUGCGCCGCGUCAACUGUGCAAAUGGGCAUGCAGACUGUCGCUCAUGUCUCCUUUGAUUCGCAUGGUAACAUUGAUAUACUGUUUCCUCCGUGUCUCCAACAGUCGCCACAAAGCUGAGAACACAGCGGAUUGUAUACGGGUAUUUUACGAGCGGUUCAAAGUCAAGUGGUCGGGCAGACAAAGUUCCAUUUGUCAGAUUUGGAGACUGGAAUGCGUCGGGAGAUGA